CUCUGCAGCACAACACGGAGCUCCAGCAGCAGGAGGAGGAACAAUAACCUGAGAGGAGACAGAGGAGUCACUGCAGUCCGCCUGUCGGUCCUCCUCUCCGGGGUUAUUUCUCAGUUUCCGCGGGAAGAACCGAGCUGGUGUUUGCAGCUCCGCGGAGGAGGCAGGGAGGGAGACGGGCAGAGGGAAGAUGUCCUCCCCGCAGGUCUCCUCGUCCCGCAGACAGUCAUGUUAUCUGUGCGACCUGCCCCGCAUGCCCUGGGCCAUGAUCUGGGACUUCACCGAGCCCGUUUGUCGGGGCUGCGUCAACUACGAGGGCGCGGACCGGAUCGAGUUCGUCAUCGAGACAGCCCGGCACCUGAAGCGGGCACACGGUUUCCAGGAGGGCAGAUCCCCCGCAGGGGGACCGCCUCCUCCGCCGCAGCAGCAGCCCGCCGUGGCCAAGAGCCAGGCGGUGUUACUGACCGGGAAGGAGCCGGUGGGGCAGCUCAACCACCACCACCACCUGGCAGACGCACCGGGGAAGUCUCAACAGCCCGGUUUGGACCGGUAUUCGCUCGGUGCGGACACCCGGGCUCGGUUUGACUACAGCGGACACAGCAGCAGCAGCAGGCUGCCUAACGGACUCGGAGGACCGAAUGGGUUCAAACAGGACGACGGACCGCCGGAGCUGAACCGACAGAGUCCGAACUCGAGGAGCAGGAGCCACGGGGGGCUGGUGUCGGUGCCGGGACAGAUGAAUGUGCCGCCGAACCUGCUGCCUCAGACCCUGCUGAACGGACCGGCCCCGCACGGCAUGGCGAGCAGAGCCGCCCCGCAGGGCUCGAUGGUCGGCGUCUCUCUGCCCGGACAGGUGGGACUAUCUGAGCCGGGAGGGAAGCGACCCGCCUCGGUGUCCAGCACGGACCAGGAGCGGGAGCUGAAGGAGAAGCAGCGGAACGCGGAGGCUCUGGCCGAGCUGAGCGAGAGCCUCCGGAACCGGCAGGAGGAGUGGACCAGCAAGCCGAAGACGGUGCGGGACACGCUGGUCACUCUGUCCGGCUGCACCCCGUUCGACGUCCGCUUCAAGAAAGACCACGGGCUGGUCGGCAGGGUGUUCGCCUUCGACGCCGUGUCCAAACCCGGUUUGGACCACGAGCUGAAGAUCUUCAUCGAGUACCCGAGCGGCUCCGGGAACGUGUUCUCCAGCGCCUCGGGGGUGGCCAAGCAGAUGUACCAGGACUGUAUGAAGGACUUCGGCAGAGGUUUGUCCUCCGGGUUCAAGUACCUGGAGUACGAGAAGAAGCACGGCUCCGGGGACUGGCGUCUGCUGGGGGAUUUAUUACCGGAGUCCCUGCGGUUUUUUAAGGAGGGUUUGGGGGGAGACAUGCUGCCGCAGCCCUACAUCGACGGCAGCUACCCGCUCCUCCCCACCUCCCUGGUGCUUCCCGGCCGAGCUCUGGCCUCAGGCAGCGGGAACAGCGGCUCCAGGGCCGGGGUGAGGAAGAGGAAAGCCUCGCCGGAGCCGGACUCUGCGGAGGGCGGCCUGAAGCUGACGGAGGAGCAGCAGAGGCAGCAGUGGAUCAACAGCCAGACCGAAGCCCUCAAGCUCUCCAUGGCUGCGGGCUCCUUCGCCGGACCCCCUCCUCCGCUCGGCCCGGGACACCCCGGCCUCUCCUCCGGCCGCGCCACGCCCCCGGAGUCCGCCGCUCCGCAGCAGAACGGACAGUCCCCGAUGGCCGCGCUCAUGUCGGUGGCGGACACGCUCGGGAACGCGCACUCCCCCAACAAGGACAGAGACUCGGUUCACUCCACCACCUCCUCCUCCAGACACAACAGCAGCAGCCCGGUGUCCCCCGCCUCCGUGUCCGGACAGAGGCGCCUCUCGUCCCGCAACGGAGACCUCGGGCUGUCCGCGCCCUCUCAGUCCGCAGGUGGUAUGGACCAGGUGCACGCGCAAAACGUGCCCGACUCCCCCAUGGCCAACAGCGGGCCACUGUGCUGCACGAUCUGCCACGAACGGUUAGAGGACACGCAUUUCGUGCAGUGUCCCUCCGUCCCCAACCACAAGUUCUGCUUCCCCUGCUCCAGAGAGAGCAUCAAGGCCCAGGGAGCCUCCGGGGAGGUGUACUGCCCCAGCGGGGAGAAGUGCCCGCUGGUCGGCUCCAACGUGCCCUGGGCCUUCAUGCAGGGGGAGAUAGCCACGAUCCUGGCCGGAGAUGUGAAGGUAAAGAAGGAGAGAGACCCCUGAGGAGGAAGAGGUGGAGACUCUUCCUCUUUGCUGUCACCGCAAAAAAAAAAAAAAACUCAUUAAUGUGAGCCACACGGUCAGUCUGCCGCUGAGCCUCAAAACCUGACUCCUCUUUGUCUUAUUGAUUAUUGAUCUGAACACAGAAAGGUCUGGAUCUUGAUCAGUGUAGGAGCAGGUGCAGAUGAUCCUCAGAGAACUGAACCCUUUAAAAACAGAGUGUGAAGAUGAAUGUGGGUGAGGUAAAUUGAACAGGAAAAUAACUUCUCACUAGAUCAAUAUCAUAUCAAUACUGUGAUAUGAGACUAGAUAUUUGAUGUAGUUUUUAUUCUAAUUUUCCAGUUUUAUGAAUCGCCACACAUUUUUGAGCUGAGCUGACCCUCAAUUAUCAGUGUCAUUAAUUCUUUUGAUUAAUCAAUUAAUCCUUUCAUCUGUAAAAUAUCAUAUAAAUAUAAAAAAAACAAAAACCUGCACAAUUUCCAGAAGCUGAAGGUGACGUCUUCAAAUGUCUCGUUUCGUCCGACAAAGAGAUUCAUUCUCACACACACAGAAACUGAAACUUUAAAAAAAUGACAGAAACAAUUAAUCAACUAUCAAAAGUUGUUCCCUAAUAAUUCUCUUAUCGACUAAUCAAUUCAGUUCAUUUAUUUAUCGGAGCCUCGAAGAUCAAUGAGGUUUCGCUCGUUUGCAGUGAUGUCGGGAUUCAUAAGAGGACGAUACUCUGACACUGAGGUGAAGUGUUUGUCCAGGUGUCGCUUUGUGUUGUAGAUGAUUCCACGUGUUUGAUUCACAAAAACUAAAAGGCAGAUUUUCAGAGUAAAGCCUCGGGACAGUUAGAAGAGUCCAGUACAGAUGUUACGUCAGGUGGAGGUGUACAAGGUCAGAGAGUACAGAAUACAGUGGCGAGUGUCAGAGGGAUCAGCAGUGAUGAGCUGAGUCUAGAUAACAUCACAUGAAGAAAAACUGCCUCCACUAUACUUUUCCCACAAUGCAAAGGGAAGUUGGAUCCGUUUCUGUUUUUUGCUGCAGUUUGUUGAUGAGAUUCUGAAUAUGGUUUUAAAUGUAAAUUAUAUGAUACGUAUCUACUAUCAGCGUGGAGAGGUGAAGACUGUUGAAAUCAACAUCUCUCGCUCUAGAGAAAAGCGUGAACUUGGUUUUCGAUGCAUUAAGUACCAGCUCUAAGUUGAUAAGUGAAUCUUCAAUAGCGUUAAAAGAUGUGCAAGAGUCAGCAAAACAAUACAGAGCAGUGUCAUCAGCAUAAAGAGGGACAUUACAGUCGUUAGAGAAGAGACAGUAUUAUUGAUGUAAUACUGAGCCCUGAACUGAUCCUUGUGGAACACCUUUUGUAACCUGUUUAUAGCGUCCGUCACCAGUGACUGAGUCUGUGAGGACGACUGAGCUUGUAAAUUCAGAGCGGAGUUUAACCGGAUGAGUUUAACUGGUGAGGUGACCUGAAACUUUUCAGAGACGGUGACGGACAAUCGGUAUCGUUAGAAACUAAAGAUAAAGAAAAGUAAACGGUUGAUAAAACAUUUUCUAAAGCAAAUAACAGACACAUUAAAGAGAAUCAACACUGGUUGAUCAACAUAGUUCAAGAUGUAGAUAUCGGUGGAUUCAAAGCUGCUUUUAUAAUAACAAUGAAUUUCUCAGGAGAAUCUGAAAUAAUGAAGAGACAAAUAAAUAUUGUCUCUCCAAAUACUGAGGUCAACGACCCAACAACACAAAGUGAGUGUUGAUGUUUAGUUCUGUGAAAUUCUUCUAAAAAUCAACAACGGUCCAGAAACUAAACACAGCUCAUUAAAUUGACUGUCUCUAGUUGUAUACUUACAAUCAGCAGUGUGAUCCUCAGACUCUCUGUCAGUGUUGUUUGCUUUCAUUACCGGUACGCAAUGAAUCUUGGGAUAUGUUGGACCAGGAAGGAUCCACCUGUUGGUUCCUUCCAGGAAAGGAACCUUUGAAAUAAUGACAGUCUAGUUGCAGCUUCUGUUAUGUUUUAUUAUUCUAAUGAAUCUAUACAAAAUGGGGUAUAAUAAUUAUAAUUAUAAUGAUACAACAUAAAACAAGGGAUUAGAAGAAGAGAGAAAGAAAAAAGAUACUGAAAUGAGCAUAACAUAAUUAAUAAAGGGCCUCCAUAUAUUCUCACAUACAAGCUUAGCCUUAAAUAUGUAGGAAAUCCUUUUUAAUUGAAGGAUCUGUAACAUCUGUCUUCUCCAUUGAGUCGUGCUCGGUCUCAGUCUUUUUCCAGAACAGUGCCUUGCAAUUUUUUUUGGGCAUAAAACAAACUGAGGUCUAUAAAUGCUCGUCCCCUUUUACUACAGUUAUUCUUCUCUGGAUAUAAACCCAACAGAAAGAGAUUAGGGUCGAAUAAAAUUAGUUUCCCAGAACAUUUAAAUCUUUUUACAUUUCCAAAUACAGUGAAACGAUGAUCCCUUCAUUUCCGUACAUUUUGUGCAUAUGUCGAGAGAAAACUUUGAUCCUGUCUCGUUCUCUGAUCCUGAUCCACCUCAGUCCAGUGUCGGGACAAAGUCCACAUUAACUCAAUAUAACUGGACAGUUCAAUGUGUUUUAAUGUGUGUCAUUAAAACGCACUGGAUUCCCAGGAAAUAUACAGAGGACGUGUUUUAAAAUGUGGAUUUAUCCAGAAUACUGUAAAGUUUUCUUCUCCACGAGACAUCAAAAUAAUCAAAAUAAUCAAAAUCAUCAAAAUCAUCAAAAUCAUCAAAAUCCCCUUUUAAAGCUAAAAAAAACCAAACUGGUUCCAGCUUCUGUUCUGGUUCCACAUUUGACCAUUUGCUGGUUUUUCUUCAUCUUCUACAAAAAUACAUGAAAUCUUUAAACCGUUGGUCGAGCAAAUCGAGACAUUUGAAGACGUCACCUUAGUCACUGUUUUCUGACAUUAAUGACUGUGGCUUUUCUCUGGCCAUCACAGUUUGUAUCCGUCAUUAACACUGACGGGGGAAGCAACCAAUGAAAAUGAUCCAUGUUGAAUUGCAGGGGAAUAAAGGUCAGAACAGCAGCAUCAGCAAAAACUUGUUUAUCUGUCGUAUUAGUUCAGUUGAGUUUCAGCCCAAAAAAAAAUCACUGUUUUAUUGACUCAGUGAUCAAUUAAGCAGAUAAAUGUUUAGUUUAUCUGGAGAAAUGAUCCAGAAAAUUAUUCAUUUAGAUAGAAAAUUAUCAUCAGUUAAUUAAUCAACUUUUUUUUUCCUUUUUUUUGAUGAAGUGCAGUUUUCACCCCCAGACAGAAAUCCUCUUCCUGAUAAAAGCUGAUCAGUUUAUCAACAAAACAGAAAGAUGAAAGAACAGGAACAUUGGUAGUUUAAUUGGACGUGACAGAUCCUGUUUGGACCAGUCAGUGAAAAGGUUUUAAUGAUGUUUAAACGAUGUAGGUGAAGCAUAUUGACUCCUCAGCAGCAGCAGCAGCUUGUCAGGUUCAGCUCACAGCCCCAAAAUUUGACAAAAGUCUCUGACGAGUCUUUAAGUUCAGAGAUAGAUUCGUCAGCGUGCGACUUAAAUAACAGGAGAUCGUCUGCGUACAGAGAGAUGAACGCUGCCCUGUCUCCCCUGAUGGUUUGAACAAAGAGCGGCAGGUUUUCAGGCCGAGCGGCUGCAGUGACGGACUCGUUACAGGACGGAGGUCUGUGAAACAUAUAAAUAUUCUACAUGUGGAUGUUUCAGAAAAAGUCUUCUAACAAAGAAAAAAGAGUCAGAGUGUUUUUGUUGUCGUGGAGGUGACGGAGGUGUGAACAGUGAUGGUGUGAUGUAGUGUUUAAGCAGACAGACAGGUUCAGAGAGUGAGACAGCUCUUAGUCACAGUGACACAGACUUCAUCAUCACACCGUCAGUUUAUAAAAUCAUGUCUGUAAAAAUAACUUUUUAUUUUUUAUAGGCGUGUUUAACUAUUUAUUUAAUUUUUCAGAUUCUUUUUUCAACGUAUUUAAUUGAUUUUUGGGAUUUUUAUUUAUUUAUUUAAAUAUUUAAAUUUUUUUAAUUUAAAAUUAUUUUUACUGCAAUAAAUCUCUUUUCUUUAGGCUUUCUGUGUUUUCUGUUUUACAUGUAAGAUUUGAUUCAGUGAAGAGCACCGUGAGAACACAAACCUUUUUAUUCUUCUGUUCUGUAUUUUCUGUUCCCGUAGUGACAGAUGAUAAAAACGAUAAAACAGAUGAAAGAAACUCAUUUGAUCUUGUAACGUGCCUUGGAGCUGAGUCAGUUGUAAUAAAUUUCAUUGGUAUGAACCUUUUCAGUGAAA